AAACAAUUUUGCUUUUGGCAUUCAGAGUUCGCGCGUACAAUUGUGCAGCAGCGGUGCGCUGCGCGUGUUGAAAAAAUUUGGGAAUCAGUUAAAUUAAAAUUAUCAUUACCGUUCAAAAACUGUAUUCAAUUUGAUUUUGCAAACGAAAUUGUUUAUGAAGAGGCUUGGGCGCUGGGGUCGUAAAUAAUGUUGGCACAGGACAUUGCACCUACGGAAAUAGGCAAACACGCAAACAUUAUCAGAGCUGCCCAGGAAGAAUUGGCAAACAUGGACGUUCUCGUAUGCGGACGAUGCCUGAGGGCAUACAACUUCGUAGAAGAGUUUCAGGUUCACAAGGAGGAUGCCUGUGAGAAGGAGAACGCGAAUCUAAAGGAAUCGCUGGACACCAAGCCUACUAUCUGGGCAUUCACUCUGUGGAAGGCCACACAGCUGCAUACGCGCAAAGACGCCAACUCGGGGAGUUCAUGGGCCCUGUACCAGCACUGGGUGAAGCUGGAAGACAGCGUCCGGGAGCCGUGGAUCGUGGCUGGAAAGACCAUACAGUCCUUCGGCAAGAUUGCCCAUGGACAGCUUCAGGACAUGCCGGUGCGCAUCACUAAGACGGUGGUGAAUCCGAACAAUAACAACACGUCCAACAGCAACAACAAUACAAGCGUCUCUCCCACCAGAAAAUCCCCGGCCGGUAAGCUGCCCACUUUGGCCAAUCAGCUGAAGGACACGGAAAACGAAAGACCUAAGUCCAAACCCGGCACGCCAACGCUUCCCUUAGUUCCCUCCGCCGCAACAGUCAAGCCUAAUAACCGAAUAGCCAUUCGGAUCGAUGCCAAAACAGAGCAGCGCACCGAAGAGCCAGUGGAGAAAAUAGUGGCCAAGCGUUUUAAUCCACGCAGAAAGACCCACGAAUAUUUGGUGAAGUGGGUGGAUCGGUCGCACCAUGAAAACACCUGGGAGGUUAUGGCCAAUCUCGAGCGAGUUCCAUACUUCCUGCAGAUGUUCGAGAAGCAACUGGCUCGACAAAAGCUGACAAGGGAGAAAGGUCUGGACGCACUCAAGCGCAUGCAGCCGACUGGGUCAUCCUCGAAGUCGGAUUCAGCGCCCCCACUCAGCCCGGUCCCGGUGGCUUCACAAGUAUCGCCAUCUUCUCGUCCCUCGCGCACUUCCAAAACCAAGGCCAUGGACUCGUUUAAGCAAUGGGUCAACGAGACUGGUGGCGGGGAUGGUUCCUCUUCGCCCUCGUCGGCCAACGAGGAUGAAUCCGCUACGGAACAAGAAUGGCCCCCGUCGUCGGGGCCGGUCAAGCGCAAGCUUAACCACACUGAUUCCAGUCUUGAGGGCAGCGGGCUGAACGAUUCGAUGGACCUAGAAGACCUCGAAGAAGAUCUGCCGUCGCACACCGUGAAGCGUCUAAAAAACGGAGGAAGCUCCGUGCAGUUGAACAAGCCACGGGUUCAGCCCACGGAAAAGCAGCAGACUAAAAUCAAUGGCAAUUCCACCGUGUCUGUAACUGAUCAAAGGAUGGGUGAGAUCAUUUACACGGAGGAUAGCACUAGCUCGGGGAUGUUUCGCAAACCCGAAAUGCCGAAUACCCUGCACCUGAAAAAGGAGAAACCAGAGUGUCCCGUGCGGUAUCUCUCGCGUUCUGAGAUGUCUAGCAGCACGAGAGGUGUCUUCCGGGUUGAAAAUUCUGAGGCGCCCGCCCCUGUUUCACCUGCAGCCGCGCCGUUACAGAAGGUCAGCUCCGCGCCCGUUGGCGUAGGCGUAGCUAAGCGCCUGCCUGUGGCCCGACCUGCCCACUCCGGUGCGAACUCCCCCAUUACUGUGGGUCAGCGACAACAGGUGCUGCGCACCCCUGGACAGGGUCCCACGACAGCAGCAAUCCAGCGCCGACAUGCUGUAGGGAGCACACCACAGGUGCGGCAGAACCAGCAACAGACACCGGGACGGGCACACCCGGGAGGUCGAGUCCUAGCACGCGCCGGAGUCGGAACGCCUCAACAACGCCAACUUGCGCCGUCUUCGCAGGGCGCCAAGGUAGUGACGCCAGAGCAGAAGAUACUUCAGCUUUCGAAGUCGGGUGACUUGAAAGUUACGCGCAAAGUGGUGACUCGGGAAGAGCUAAUAGCGCAACGCGCCGCCCAGGCUCGCCAGCAACGCCAGGUGCAGGCCCAGCAACAGUCCUCCCAGAUGCAGAAAAUGACUCCUGGCCGGCAAAGAAUAGCUCCCAAGCCGGCGCUCCAGCCAACGCCAUUACAGAUGGAGUUGGAGGAGGAGGUUCAUCAGCACCAGGCUCAGCUGUGUCCGAUCACUGGCAAGCUUAUUGGCCAAGAAGAGACCCAGUUGCAAAUGGAGCAGGAGCAGCAGCAGGAACAACAGCGAGAGCAGUUGGAGGCCGCGGCACAGGCGCUUCUCGGCAGUGAUCAACAAGUUCUUACCAAUGAGGACGGCUCUGCACUGCUGGUUCGGGGAGAAGACGGCACGGUCUACCAGGUGGCCGGAAAAAAUGCGGAGGGUCAAACCAUUCUUGUUACCCAGGGUCCGGAUGGAGAGCAGCAGUUUGCUUACGUGGCAGCCGCCGAGGGUGAAGACCAGGAUGUUCUUUCUCUUGACCACGCAGUGGCCGAGGCCGUUCAGGCCGUAGAACAGGUUGAGACGCAUGGAGUCGCAGCUGCGACGGCGGAUGGCGAGCAGAUUCUAGUGUCCAUGACGGAGGAAGAGCUGGCGCAGCAUCAGGUGCUUCAACAAGCUGAGGCUUCUGCCGCAGGCACAGGAACACCGGCCACGGCCCAGAUCCAUAUCACGACAUCCGACAGCGAUGGCACGGAAGCCCAGAUACCGGCCGAGGUGGUGCAGGCUGAUCUGCCUUCACCAGGAGGUACUCGUCGCGUCGUUUUGUUGCUACAGGAUGGCACCUUCAUGAUGACUGAGAUGCACGAAGAACAGUUCAAGACACUCAACAUCCCGACGUAAAAUCAUGUUAAUAGUCUUCAAACAUAGAUUUAGGCUAGUUUAUAAGCCGAUAUUAUUAAAAGGACCGACGUUGCUAGGUUUCUCCCACCUUCAGUUCGGUUUAGCCCUAGCCAUUUUCACACUGGAGACCGCAUGUAGGCAUGACCAAUGACUCAGGGCCGUGAUUGCCAGUGGUUUUAAGAUCAUUAUUUUGUUAAGAGCAUACCGGGAAUCCAUUGUUGAUUACAAAGCUGAUCUUUAGCCAAACAUAAUAUUGCGUCAGGAAAAGGCAGGAUGACAAAAUAAAUUAUGCGAAUACAUAAACUACAACAUUAUUUAAUCGUGGGAAGGCUUCUGCAAAUAAUCUAGCGGGAUGUCCAUAUAUUACGUAAUCAUAGUUAUUAUUGUUUUCGACUCCUUUAUUUAAACAAAAAUUGUGUUUAGCUGACCUUUCCCCAUCAACGAUUGCGUAAAAUAUGGACCGCCUUUUAAUUUACAACUCUUAGAACUUUAAGACAAGCUAUUUAAGUACUUCAUCAACUCUAUGUCGUAUAAUCUUUCAAAUGUACCACGAAAUGCAAGCCGCAAUUUUGGCACGAAAAAUUAAGAUACAAAAGCAGACUUACAACUAAGUAACAUUACGAUAGAUAUCAAUUGUAAAUUAUUUAAGUAAUUUUAAUCUAGACAACUAAGCAGAUCAGGAUGUUUAUUCAUUUCGAAGCUAUAAGCAGCUAUGGGAGAGCAAAACCUAGAUCGUUUUUAGUCGGCAACUUUAAAAAUGCUUUCGCAAGUGUAGAGUUUGGAAUUUCCUUUAAAGUUUACAUUUGCUAAGCCGUUACUUUUAUUCCUUCAAACGAAGCUCUAUCCGCGAAGCAGCUUAAUUCAAGAACUAAAAUAAAGCGAAAAUAGCGAAAUAAUGAACCCAAUAAAAAAGAUUUCAGUGAACAUUGAUAAA